AUGGCGGCUCUCUGGACAGCUACCAAUGCCGACUCUGUCCCUCUCACUUCUCGCGAAGCAGCCUCUGGCUUGCUGGGUUCGAUAUCACUCACCUGCUGGAUCUUUCUCCUUGUCCCCCAACUAAUCGAAAAUUACCGCAACGGCAACGCCGAAGCUAUUUCCCUCCUCUUCCUCUUCGUCUGGUUCCUCGGCGACAUCACCAACCUAAUCGGAGGCGCCUGGGCAGGUCUCGUGCCCGUGAUUGUCGCCAUCGCCGUGUACUUCUGCAUCGCAGACGGGGUCCUCAUCGGACAAUGUCUCUACUACAAGGCGCGCAACUCCCGACAGCCGCGCCCCCGCCGCCGCACUUCCUCUUCCGUGUUCGAGCCAAGCACGCCCGAUCCAACGACGCCGCUCCUGGGCCGGCGGUUCAGUGAUGCGUAUGCGCAGACAGGCGAAACUCUGGACAACCCUAGGAACUCGACGCGCCGCGCGGAAAGCAGCAGUGAUGACAUGCUGGCUAAGAUAGUCGAGGAGAAUGAUGUGGGGCGCAAGGCAUGGGUGAAGAAUUUUAGCAGUGUGCUGGGCAUCUGCGUUAUUGGAAUGGCAGGGUGGACGGUUGCGUGGCGGACGGGCGUGUGGAAGCCCGCGCCAGUGGAGGAAGGGCUGGGAGGCGUGGAUAUGGCGCCUGGGGCAAUGGUGCUGGGGUAUAUUAGUGCGGUUUGCUAUCUUGGGGCGCGACUUCCCCAGAUCUAUAAGAACUACUGCGAUAAGUCGUGUGAGGGACUCUCGCUACUGUUCUUCAUCCUCUCUCUUAUGGGAAAUCUCACCUACGGCGCAGGCGUAAGUCUACCUAUUUAUCAUACUUCUCAUGAUUUACAUCAACCCAGACUAAUGAAACCUUUUUUUAUAGAUCAUCUGCCACUCCACAGAAAGGAACUAUAUUGUGACCAAUGUCCCAUGGCUGAUUGGCUCGCUCGGCACCAUGGUCGAAGACGUGACCAUCUUCGUGCAGUUCCGACUCUACGCGACACGCGACCAGGACACGGCUGCUGUUUAGCGCGUCUGUUGCACAUUAAUUUUGUGUUGUGUGUUUGUGUCCUGUUUCUAAGGUUGUCUUGGUUCUAUGCUGCUGAUGGUUUAGCGUGUCUAGCUAGUACUUUAUUGUCUGGGGUUGUAUUAUUGGUCGGUUGUACUGUAUGGGCUGGCGGUGUCUAA